AUGCCUGAAUUUUCAAAGUCGGUGCUCAUCACUGGCGGUACAACAGGGCUGGGCUUCCAUACAGCCACAGAGAUUGCCAGAAGCCAUCCAGAUUAUCGUGUUGUCAUAGCCGCACGAAAAGAUGCCGAUAAGAGCGCCGAAGCCAUCAACGGCAGACUGGGCCAGAGCAAUGUCGAGUUCAUGCCUCUGGAUCUGGGCGAUCUGAGCAACGUCCGCGCCUUCGUCAAGAGCUGGGGCGAAAAGAACUUACCACCUCUCUCAUUACUGCUGUUGAAUGCAGCCCUGCAGUUUCCAGAUGGCAUCAAGUACACAGCGGACGGUAUCGAGGCGACUUUUGGAAUCAGUCACGUCGGCCACGCAUUGCUGUUCCACCUGCUCCAACCCUACCUGGCAGACGACGCUCGCAUCGUGGUGACUUCGAGCGGCACUCACGAUCCGGCACAGAAGAGCGGACUCCCCGAUGCAAAGUAUGACACGGCGGAAGAACUGGCCCAUCCUACCGCGGCAGGCACUCUCAACGACCCCGGUCGCCAGCGUUACGCCACGACCAAAUUGUGCAAUGUCCUGUGGACGUACGCGUUGCAUCGACGGAUAUUGGCACUGAACAAGAAGUGGACCGUCGUGGCCUUCGACCCGGGUCUCAUGCCUGGGACAGGGUUGGCGAGGGAGGCGGGACCAUUGCUUCGGUUUCUCUGGCUGCGUGUCCUGCCAACUUUGGUGCCCCUUUUGCGGCGAGUGGUCCACCAUAAUAUCCAUCGUCCACAGGAAUCGGGGGCAAAUCUUGCUUGGGUUGCGACCGAGGAUACCGAGACAAGUGGUGUGUACUAUGAGGUUAGGAAGCCGAUCAAGUCCAGUGUUGACAGCUAUGAUGAGAAGAAGCAGCAAGAGCUUUGGCAGUGGACCGUGGAGUUUCUGGCAAGAGAUGAACAAGAGAGCGAGAGAUUCCAGAACUUGUCGAGUUGA